AUGAGAGGUAAGGUAUGGGCACAGGUAUUCGAGGUAAGGUAUGGGCACAUGUUAUGCCGAUACCUAGACUGGAAGGAGGUGUUGUCGCACGACAUGAGUGAAGCCAAAGAAAAGCCAACGAUGCCUAUCAAUACAUUGCAAAACGGAUCGGCAGUCCAGGAGGGCGUCCACCACUGGCCCAAGAAUAUCGGCAUUUUAGCCGUUGAUAUAUACUUUCCCAACACUUUUGUCGAUCAGACAGAUCUCGAAAAGUUUAAUGGAGUGGGAGAAGGAAAGUACACAAUAGGCUUAGGUCAGCAUCAAAUGGCAUUUUGCACGGACAGGGAGGACAUCAACUCUAUAUGUCUGACUGUCACUAAAUCAUUAAUGGAUAAGCACUCGAUAUCACCCAAAGAUGUGGGCUUUUUGAUGAUCGGAACCGAGACUAUAAUCGAUAAAUCAAAAAGUGUUAAAACUGUUUUAAUGGAUUUGUUCGCUGAGAGCGGCAACACUGACAUUGAGGGCAUUCACGCGACUAAUGCCUGCUAUGGCGGCACUGACUCUCUGUUUCGGGCCUGGGAUUGGAUUGAGUCGAGUUCGUGGGACGGCAGGUAUGCCAUUGUCGUGGCCGCAGAUAUUGCUGUUUAUGCCAGCGGUCCGGCCAGACCUACAGGU